AUGGGCGGCUCGGCCUCCUGCGCGCUGGACGACGCCAAGUGCGCCUACAUCCGAGGGAGAACGGAGGCCGUGAUAAAGAACUUCAGUCCGCACUACAGACGCCAGUACGCGGUGGCUUUCUGCAAACACGUGCAGAAUGAGCUGGAGCAGCACCGGGACUCCCAGUCCCAGUUCCUGAAAACCAAGCCCCCAGUGGAAGCUGGGACGGUCUUGUAUGAAACAGAGGUGCUUCAUUUUGUCGAGGAGCUGAAGAAGUGGAAGGACAGAUAUGUUGUUAUCCAGAGUGACUAUACUGUGGAUUGCUUUGAGACCAAAGAGGCCUACCAGAAAGGAGUCAGCCCUAAGUAUCAUAUUCUUCCUGCAGGAGGCAAAGUACUAACUUCAGAAGAAGAUUACAAUUUGCUGUCUGAUAAACAUUUUCCAGAUCCUGUUGGUUGUAAUGAGAAGGAGGGUGCCCAGGCCUUUGUGCAGCUGCCGAAGGAGUUCCCUGUGUACCUGUGGCAGCCCUACUUCAGGCACAGCUACUACUGCUUCCCGGAGCCCGAGGCGCAGAAGCAGUUCAGUGCGGUGCUCGGUGACUGCGUGAGACACUCCAACCACGAUUUUCUCAAGCAGACCACCUAUGAAGUGGAGGCGUUUUUAGAAGCCAUUCAGUUCUUCCGUCAAGAGAAAGGCCACUAUGGGAUGUGGGAAAUGAUCACUGGCAAUGAAAAACAGAUCUUGAGCAACCUUGUGAUGGAGGAACUUCUACCUAACCUUCAAACGAUGAUCCUGCCUAAAAUGAAAGGAAAGAGGAAUGAUAGGAAGCGGGCCUGGUUUGGUAUUGUGGAAGAAACAUACAGCUUAGUCCAGCAGCAAGUUUCUGAAGGACUCAGUACCUUGAAAGAAGAAUGCAGAGAUUUUGCAAAAACUCUUGAAGGAACCAUUCGCUCAGAUAUGGAUCAGAUUCUGAACUCAAAGAACUUCUUGGCUGGAAAAAUCAAAGCCACUGUUUCUGAGCCUGCCCAGAAGUGCUGCACAGAAAAUAUCCAGCCGUUUCUUACUUCCAUCCUGGAGGAGCUCAUGGGCCCAGUGAGUUCGGGAUUCACCGAAGUCCGCUCACUCUUUGAUAAAGAAGUUAAUGAAAUCAUCCAGAACUUCCAGAAGACAAGUGAUACCACAAAGCUGAAGGAGAAUGUGGACCAGCUUAUGAAGCUACCAUUCAACUCUGUGAAAAUGGAGCCCUGUUACCUGAAAGUGAACCUCCUCCAGGAACUGCUUCAAGACCUCAAGAGCCGCUUCAAGGUCUAUCACAUUGAUUUCGUGGUUCAGAGGACACAGAACUUCAUGCAAGAGCUGAUGGAAAACGCAGUUUAUACUUUUGAGCAGUUGUUCUCUCCAAGUUGCCAAGCCGACUCAGCAAAAAUUGCAACAACCAUUGAAAAAGUCAAGCUGAGAGUACUGAAGCAAUAUGAUUAUGACAGCAGCACUAUCCGGAAGAAGAUAUUUCAAGAAGCAUUGAUACAGAUCACUUUGCCAACAAUGCAGAAGGCACUUGCUUCAACAUGCAAACCGGAGCUGCAGAAAUACGAGCAGUUCAUUUUUGCUGAUUACACUAGUGUGAUCCAAGUAGAGAAUGUCUAUGAAGAGAUUUUAUAUCAGAUGCUGCUUGAAGAAACCCUGAAAGUAAUAAAAGAAGCUGCCGUUCUGAAGAAACACAACCUCUUUGAAGAUAACUUGAAUUUGCCUUGUGAAAGCGUGUCCAGUUUAACUGACCUCAAGACUCCUACGGGAUCAGCUCAAACCACUCCUGCUAAGAAGCCUUCCACCACCAGAGCCGAAAUAUCAGAUACUGAAAAUCCAAGUGAGGAAACACUUGUUGUGACUGAAAAAAAUUCCUGGGAGAAGGAUCGUGGUGAUGGCAAGUCACUAGACAAAGAGACAGUAGUUCCUGUCAAAGUGGCUGAUAAUCGGGCAAGCACAAGAGAAAAAGUGAUCAUUACAGACAUCAGUGAAAAACAGGAUUCCCCUCCAUAUACUCCUAAGAAACAAGAAGCUGCAGAGGAAAAAAGAACUUCCCAGAAUGAAGAUAAGGAGAAAGCUGUGGAGGAAAAAGUAACUUCUGAGACUGAAACCACAGUGCAAGUAGAUUUUGGAGCCAACACUGAAACAGAAUAUAAGGUACAUGAAGGUACAGUGGAGCAAACUGUAACUUCUGGGAGUAAAAAGGCAACGGAAACAGAGUUUGUAGGCAAUGCAGAAAAAGAAAGCAAAAUACGGGAAGAAGUUGCAGAGGUAAAAUUAACUUCCCCACAUGAUAAUGCAGUAGAAGCAGAAAUUUUAGGGAAUGUUGAUAAGAAAACUCAGGUAGAAGAAGAGACACUAGGAGAAUUGUCUCAGGGUGAAAGGGCAGUAGGGCUUGGAGAGAACAGUAAAAAAGAAAGCAAGAACCAAGGAGCAGUCACUGAAGACAGGGUUACUUUACAGAGUGAAAACACAGUGAACGAAGGGCUUGGAGACAAGACUAAGCAAGAAGGCAACUCAGAAGAAGAGAGUGUUAAACCUCCUGAUGAUGUGAAUGAAAUAAGGAGUUUGCUGAUGGUAGCAGUUGAAUUACCAGCAGAUACUUCAUGUGAGAACAUGAAAGAGAUUUGUGAGUGYGAGAUAUUAAAGUUGCAGGAGCACAAUGGGUGUAAUGAGAUGAGCCAAGUUACUGCAGCAGAAAGUCAAGUGAGCCACCUGAUGAAUAAAGAURUGGAGUGCACAGAGCUCACGGGGAACCAGUUAUCUCCAUCCAGUUCAGGGACGGAUAGCACAAAUUUAAUGAUUAUGUCAGGGAGAGCCUGCAAUACGGCACAAGCAGAAUGGUUGGUGGACAUCUCUGGUACAUCCCAAGAGGUAAAGACAGAAACAGAGAACGUCCAAAGUGUUUCGUGCACAGGCGUGGGAAGCUGUGAAAGCAGUAGAUUGCAGCCAGAGGAGCACGCUGAAAACGUGACUGAAGACAAAACAUUAAAUGUAGAGGAAGGAGGAGCAAGGAAUAGUGACAGUGCCACAGUGGAGGUAGGGACUGAGAGCUUUUAUCCUAAUCCGGCUGAAUAUUCAGACAUAACACAAGGCCCAAGAACAGAAGCGAUGGAUGUGCCAGUUCCUUCCGCACCGGAGCUGGGCAGUGUUAGCACUGUCCAGGUCGCAGGAGAUGCUUGGUCUGGUGAGAGUGAAGGGAAGCCAGCAGAUGAAUCAUCUCCACACGCUGAAGUUAAAAGCACAGAAGGAAGCGAGAUUCUCACAGAAGAAAACAGGGACGACAGUUCUGUACUGCAAAGCUGUGAAGAGUAASAAGUGUUUUUCAGUCUGGCCCUCUAGGAUUUAUUCACACCAGUAGCCUGAAUACUUGUUUAAGCCACGAAUACUUGUUUAAUCAUGAAUACUUGUUUAAGUCUGGUCUGGAGGAGAGGAUGGGAUCUCUUGCAGUUUUGUGAUCUCUUCCUAAGUGGCAGAUAACUGUUUUCUUUUUCCUAACAGCUCUCAGUCC